UUUCACAGGUUUCCCCAGCAGAGAAUCGUUGUGUUCCAUCACGCUCUGGAAGCCAAUUGAGGCAGGAUUUCUGAGACGAGUUCUGAGGUACACAAGACAGACUUCAGCUUUUCCAAAUCAUCUCCGAAGUGUGACUUCAAGGAUCACAGUGGCCGGUCCACUAGUCCAACAGCAGCAUGGUGGAGCAAGAGGGACUAUCACCAUGCGGGCACCCUCUGGACAACUGUUAUUCACCGCUCGUUAUGACCUCCCGGUUACGUGCGUUGGGUGGAAGAAUUAAUAACAUCCGCGCCUCAGAACUCCCCAAAGAGAAAGCUCGGGCCGAAGUCAGCUGCAGCAUCUGCUUCUUAGAUGGCUUGGUGCAGACCUUUAAAGUUAACAAGCAGGAGAGUGGCCAGGUUCUUCUGGACAUGGCGUACAGCCACCUGGGGGUAACAGAAAAGGAAUAUUUCGGCCUGCAGCACGGCGACGUGUCCCUGGAUUCUGCUAGAUGGCUGGAAUCAAGCAAACCCAUCAGGAAACAAUUAAAAGGUUGGCAUUUGUAUUUCUUGCAACUGAAGAUGGACAUUUGUGACGGAAGGUUAGCCUGCCCUCUGAACUCGGCCGUGGUCCUGGCCUCCUAUGCUGUGCAAUCUCAUUUGGGGGACUACAAUUCUUCCAUCCAUCGUUCAGGAUAUCUCUCCGAUAGCCGGUUUAUUCCAGACCAGAGCGAUGAGUUUCUAGCCAAGGUGGAAUCCCUCCAUGAGCAGCACAGCGGCCUAAAGCAGUCCGAAGCCGAGUCCUGCUACAUCAACAUAGCUCGGACCCUGGACUUCUACGGCGUGGAGCUGCACAGCGGGCGGGAUCUGCACAACUUGGAUCUGAUGAUCGGGGUUGCUUCGGCGGGCAUCGCCGUGUACCGGAAGUACAUUUGCACAAGUUUCUACCCCUGGGUGAACAUUCUGAAGAUUUCUUUCAAGAGGAAAAAGUUCUUUAUACAUCAGCGGCAAAAACAGACGGAAUCCAGGGAACGUAUCGUGUCCUUCAACAUGUUAAAUUACCGCUCUUGCAAAACCUUAUGGAAAUCCUGCGUGGAGCACCACACGUUCUUUCAGGCCAAGAAGCUGCUACCUCAGGAAAAGAAUGUUCUGUCUCAGUACUGGGUGCUGGGCUCCAGGAACUCCCAAAAGUCCCUCAGCAACCAGUAUUGCAAAAAGGUGAUUGGCGGCAUGGUGUGGAACCCAGCCACGUGGAGCUCGCUCUCGGUGGAGCAUUUGGAAACCAAGAGCCUGCCUUCUCGGUCCCCGCCCAUCACUCCCAACUGGCGAAGCCCCCGGCUCCGGCACGAGCUUCGCAAGCCACGGCACUCUUCGGCAGACAACCUCGCCCACGAGAUGACGUACGUUACGGAGACAGAAGACGUCUUCUACACAUACAAGGGCUCCCUGUCCCCAAAGGACAGCGACUGCGAGGCCUCCCAGGACCGAAGCCCCCACCGAGAGAGUCUAUCCGAGAGCAACCCAGCACAAAGCUGCCUGACCCAGAAGUCAUCCAGUUCUGUGUCUCCGUCUUCAAAUGCUCCAGGCUCCUGCUCUCCAGAUGGCGUCGACCAGCAGUUCUUGGAGGACUACAACAGGGUGACCACAGGGGGCUCCGCCGAGGACUCCAGCCAGUACUACUUCGACAAGUAUGACGACGACAACGGCUACUUACUCUUGAUCCGUAUCACACCGGACGAAGAUGGGAGAUUUGGUUUCAACCUUAAGGGAGGAGUGGAUCAGAAGAUGCCUCUUGUGGUGUCCAGGAUAAACCCAGAGUCCCCUGCAGAUACCUGCAUUCCAAAGCUGAAUGAAGGGGAUCAAAUUGUGCUGAUCAAUGGCCGGGACAUCUCGGAACACACCCAUGACCAGGUGGUGAUGUUCAUCAAGGCCAGUAGGGAGUCCCACACGAGGGAGCUGGCGCUGGUCAUCAGGAGGAAAGAUGUCUACUCACUGGCUGACCUCAAGUCUGAAGACGAACUGAGUCAGCUCUUCCCCGAGACCAUUCUCCCUGCGUGCACGGAGGGUGGGGACACGCUAGAGGGAGCCAUGGAACAGCUGAGGAAAGGCCUGCAAAGCGGGACGCUGCUGAUCCAGUUUGAGCAACUCUACAGAAAGAAGCCUGGCCUAGCCAUCACGUUUGCAAAGCUGCCUCAAAACUUGGACAAAAACCGAUACAAAGACGUGCUUCCUUAUGAUACCACCCGUGUAUUGCUGCAGGGAAGCGAAGACUAUAUUAAUGCCAGUUAUGUGAACAUGGAAAUUCCUGCUGCUAACCUUGUGAACAAGUACAUUGCCACUCAGGGACCCCUGCCACAUACCUGUGCACAAUUCUGGCAAGUCGUUUGGGAUCAGAAGUUAUCACUCAUUGUCAUGUUGACAACCCUCACGGAGCGAGGUCGGACCAAAUGUCACCAGUACUGGCCUGACCCUCCCAGCGUCGUGGAGCAUGGCGCAUUCCACAUCCGGUGCCAGUCGGAAGACUGCACCAUUGCCUAUGUGUUCCGGGAAAUGCUGGUCACCAACAGCGAGACAGGAGAAGAGCACGCCGUCACGCAUCUCCAGUACGUGGCCUGGCCUGACCACGGCGUUCCUGAUGACUCCUCGGAUUUUCUGGAAUUUGUGAACUACAUGCGGUCCCUGAGAGUAGACAGCGAACCUGUCUUGGUUCACUGCAGUGCUGGGAUAGGUCGAACUGGUGUGCUGGUCACAAUGGAGACAGCCAUGUGCUUAAUAGAGAGGAAGUUGCCCGUGUGCCCGCUGGACAUCGUCCGGAGAAUGCGAGACCAGCGCGCCAUGAUGGUGCAGACAUCAAGCCAAUACAAGUUUGUGUGCGAAGCGAUUCUGCGUGUGUAUGACGAAGGCUCCAUCCAAAUGCUGGAUCCCAGUUAAGACAACUGUGAAAGCAAUUCAUUCCUCUUCCCCAAGGGCCCCUCCUCAAGGACAGACCCUCUCCCCGGCAGCAGCAGGAGGAAGCCGCGUGGCUGCGGGGAAGGAAUGAGCACGUUCGAACCCAGGCACUUUAACUUUCGGUAGAAAAGUAUCAUGUACAUAGGAGCCGUGUAGAUACGCAUGCCGCUCCGUAUAGCCUCACUUAGGCCCGUUCACCCGAGUGUGAGAGAUAAGGGGAUGUCUCAGUUUGGGGUCUGUCCUACUGCCUUCUAGCCAGACAUGCCCCUACCCCUGUAAGCCACCCUGGGGCGAAUGACCCUACCCCUGUAAGCCACCCUGGGGCGAAGCAGUUGUGCUGCUGACCUGCCCGAAACACGCUGUGUGGUUGUUUAGGGUUGCAUGGAUGGUGGGUGUGUGUGCGCGCGCACAUACAAGGGCCAAGCUUUGUGUGCUGCUCAUUGGAGCUGGCAAUUCGAGUGCGCAGCUCGGAUGCUAAGGAGCCCUGAUGAACGUCCUAUAACAGCUGGGGUGAGUUCAGGCAGUGCUUUUUGCUGCCCCCUCCUCUCAUCCCCCCCCUCCCUCCUCUGUCCCACUUCUGGUGGUGGUCGUGCUUCGGAGAACCAUCCUCAGACCCCUUCUCCCCACCCCCUGGCCCAUUUUCCCUCGGCACUCACCACCCUCUUCAGGUCCCUACGCAGUGCCUGCACCGGAAUAGCAACGCUACGUCCGGGUGACCUUCCAGCGGAGGCUCCGAGAACUCGGCCUCUCGGCGUCUUGCUGUCGUCCGUUGGUUGGUUUGAGAAACAGGUGUCUCUGGCCUCUGCACGCCGCUUACUGUACGCUCAGAACCCAGCACUGGAAUCACUUACUACUGAAUCUACUACAUGCAUUGCUGCUACUUCAAGCUAUUACACUUGAAACAUGAUGAUUCUUGGGAGGGGGAUACGGGAUGAUAUCAUCUAAAAAUUCAGACUCUGUGGCCCUUCUUGGAAAGAGCUCGUCGUCGAUCCAUGGGAAACCCCGCUUCUGGAGGGCCUUGUGUGGGUGUGUGUACAUGUGUGCGCGCGCGGCGCCCAGGGCUGAGUGGUUCUCAGGAUCCCUCACUCGAUUCACACGGCAGUCGAGUUGAUGUAAAGAAUGAGUCUCUGUAUAGAAGAACAAACGUGUGCAUUCACCCUCCAUUGCAAUGGUCUCCAUUUCAUUUCAAAGGAGAAGAUCAGGCUGUCUGAACAUACACACCAUUUGAUGUUAAUUUAUUCUAAGUACACCAUGAUUUUGAUUGUCCUUAAAGAAUUCUGCCUUUGUUAAUACUGUGUUUAAAUUUUUUUUCUUUUUUUAAUCUCUGACAGGAUUGUAGUGCAUUAUUAUUUAAAGAAAAUAAAUUACAUGGAAAUUUUAAUGUGGUAUUUUUAAAUAGCAGUUUCUGUGUACCCCGAGGAGGAAGCUAAGCCAGUCUGUGAACAGCCCUUCUAGAAAAAGGGUGCUUUCAUAUCAUGGAGCACGGAAAGGAAGCCAGCUUGCUAUUCAGCAAACUCUGGACCAAUUCAGUAGCUUCCUGGUUGCAAGAUAGAUAGAGGCCCACCCAGCAGAGGCCGGGUUUCUAAGGCUCCUUUAUCUCCAGACCCUGCUUGCUUACUCCCAAACUCUCCGUCUUUUCCCCACCAAAACUGCAUUGCUCCAUGGGAAUGCUGACAGGGGGGUGUUUAAUGGUGCUGCAACCCUGUACCGUAAAGGGGAGAAUGGCUAGCAGAAUGCGGAAGGAAUAGGAGAUGUCGUCCUUGCCCCUACUCGGUCCCACAUAGUCACAGAAGGACCCUGCCUUGUUUCCUCAUCUGUAAGACAGGAGGAACAAGGCUCUCGCAUUAGGCUGGGUCUGGGGAUUGAAGAAUAUCAUGUAAUUAAUGUAACUUUUCAUCAGCUGGAAUAUAACUGGCACUGCAAUGGGUGGGCCCCUUGAAACAGCCAGCCCUCAAAUAUACCAAACUAAUAGAAUCGUCUGGGUUUUCUAUAAGAGAAAAGUGCUGCUCAUCUAGGCAAAGCAAGAGCACAGCAGACUGUUAAACCAGUUCCUCGGUUCCAUUCAACCUUAGAAAAAAUGUUAUCAGCCAAGCACACACACACACACACAAAAUAAAAAAUUUUUUAAAUGGGUUUGAAGGGGAUCCACGUUGGCAGAACUUUAAAACAUGCCAUCAGGGAGCUAUGUGGCAGAAAUGCAUGGCCCCCUGUGUGCUAGAAGCCUGAAAGGGUGAUUGUGUCUGGGAGCCAGAACACUGCGGGGCUGCCCCCUGCCCAUGCAGUCUUAACCAUGCUCCUCAAAACCAUUGGUUUCCAUGGGAAAUAUUUGAGUUUUUCUCCUCUGACACAUUCCCGCCUUAAACAGGUUUCUGCGUCUGCGAGUUCUGUAUUUAAAUAAAUAAAUAAGCUAUUUAAAUGGUUGCAGAAAUGCUACUGCCACUAUUGUUAUGUACAUUUCUACGGAGCUUACGAAGCCUGCAGCCAGCUUUCCCUGCCAGUGUGCUGGCCAGCACUUCAGAUGGCGCCGAUGUUCCCAGAAGCAGAAUCCAUGAAGUAAUGGGAAAGUCCCAGGCGAGGGAUGGUUCCCAGGGUCAAACGAUACAAGUAAACACUGCAGCUAUUCCCCAGUCAGACCUGGAGCUCACCCUUCCUGUUUCACCACCCGGACACCUCGGCUCACCGAGCCUUUUCCAGCCCUCCCUGAAGAACUUCGUCAGAAUCGGGAUGAAUAUUUUGCCUGAGAAAUCCAGCUGGGUGUGAACAGAGAAAGCAUUUACAGCCUACGUGCUGGCGUGUAGGAGCUUAAUUAGCUGGGUGGUUGGGCUGAGCUAAUCGAGGGGAGAGUGCAGCCAGUGUCACUGUCGAGAGCCCACACUCGGUGUGUUCCCUGCGGAAAGGCCAACUCGGUCCAGGUGGGGGCAGGAGCGUUUGGACCGCAAACUUCCACUGGUCUUCAGUCCGGACCGCCGUCAUUGAUACUGCAGUCUCUCUGCCUUGCAACGAGUGGAGAUGCUGUGUUGCUGGUAUACAUUUUCCUUCCUCCGAAGUUGUCAGAGGGGCAAGCAACAGGCUGCGCCAUCCUCCAGAGGUCAUGAA